CCCGGAAGUGAGCUGUCCGCCAUGUCUCUGGAGUCGGUGCGGUACGGCCGGGGGUCUCUCCGGGUCCUGAACCAGCUGCUGCUGCCGCACAGGAGCGAGUAUGAGCCGGUUACCGCGGUGCAGGAGGGAGCCCGAGCCAUCCGGGACAUGAAGGUGCGGGGAGCUCCAGCUAUUGCCAUUGUAGGAUGUCUUAGUCUUGCUGUGGAGCUGGCCAAUAAUCCACCGUGUGAAACGCCUGCCUUAAUGACAUUUGUACGGGAAUCCCUAGAUCUCCUGAUUGGCGCCCGCCCCACCGCUGUCAACAUGAAGAAAGCAGCCGAUGAACUGAACACAUUCCUCGCUCGUGAAGCCGAAAAACCUGGAUGUACGGUCCAAGAACUGACUGAAAGCAUCAUAAAGUGGGCAGAAGCUUUCCGGGAGAAAGACAUAGACGACAAUCGCAAGAUUGGGGAAUUUGGUGCGCAGCGCAUACUGGAGAACGCAGGGUCCACGGAGGCAGUGUGUGUGCUGACCCAUUGUAAUACUGGGUCCCUGGCGACUGCCGGGUACGGCACCGCUCUAGGUGUGGUUCGGUCACUCCAUACCCUUGGUCGCCUGUCUCACGUCUUCUGCACGGAAACUCGUCCGUACAAUCAAGGGUCCAGACUUACUGCUUAUGAGUUGGUGUACGAGAAGAUUCCAGCCACCCUUAUCACAGACAGCAUGGCGGCCGUCACAAUGCGAGAACGUCGGGUCUCUGCUGUCGUGGUGGGAGCAGACAGAGUGGUUGCCAAUGGUGACACGGCCAAUAAAGUUGGGACGUAUCAGCUGGCGAUACUUGCCAAGCACCAUGGAAUCCCCUUCUAUGUUGCUGCACCAAGCACAUCCUGUGACUUCAGCCUACCCACCGGUGCCAGCAUUGUCAUUGAGGAGAGGCCGAGCAAUGAGCUGACAGACAUCAAUGGGACCAGAGUGGCUGCCCCAGGCAUCGGCGUCUGGAAUCCAGCAUUUGAUGUUACUCCCCACGAACUGAUCACUGGGAUAAUUACAGAGCAAGGUGUCUUUAAACCUGAUGAGCUAAAAGACGGCCUGACCCGUGUUCAGUGAUGCUGCAUGGAGUGUCUGUUAUUGUGAACGCACAUUCUCUGUAACCCUAAACUGCACAAAACGCCACCUGGAACCUCCGUCUUGUGUUCUAAUGUAAAAUGACAUCUAUUUACUGUACUGGCUGACCUCACUGUGAUCCUGUAAUUUUUGUAAUAAAAUGUUCUGAAUUCGUAA